AUGGAGAACUUUGCUUAAUAUGAUGAUAAAGAAAAUUAAAUUAUCUUUUCUUCAAAAGAUUUAAAUAGUAAAGGCCAAUCUAUUAAUGAGUUCCCUAACUUUCCCAACACUUUCCUCACUAAUUUACAUAAGGAGAAUGAAGAAAUAGAAAUUGAUCUUAUGGAUUUUGAUGAAUGCAAUUUUGGAGCUGGAUUGCAUGAAUAAAAUAUGAAAUUGUCUUAAAUGACGCUUCCAGUUUUGUUCAAAAAUAUCUUUUAAAAAAAGAAACAUGGAGCAAAUCGAUAAUCUCAAUUGCAAUAGCCUGAAUAACCUAAGAGUGAUGAGUCAUUUCUUGAUUAAUCCUUUGAGUCUGAUGCCAAUGCUUAGCUCAUUAGUGAUGCAUCAUUUCUGAUACAAGAAGAUCAGCCUCAUUUGGCAACUUUGCCUAGAUACUUUGACGAUAUAGUUUUAGUAUAUUUAUUUACUUAUUCAAUAGUUUAAUUAGUAAAGAUGGCUCCCUAUAAUAAAUGAUGGAAUCAAUAAUAAUUUUAUUCAAUAAUUCCCUGAGAGGAAAAUAGAUUUAAAUUGGAUAUAGAACAAAGGACAAAAUAUCAAUGAGGACUUUUGUAAAUGUAUGAUAUGUUUAAUGGAUUAUACUGAUGAAGAAAUUGUCAAAACUUUGCCAUGCUGUAAUAAAUUUUCUAUUUUAUUUUAGUGCAUUAUUUUCAUAAUGAAUGCAUUGAUUUCUGGCUAGCCAAAAGUAUCAAAUGUCCAAUCUGUAAAUAUAGAUGCGACGAAUAAGUUAAGUUUUGA